AUGGGAAAGAAAGCAAUUCAUUUCGGUGGUGGAAACAUCGGCCGCGGCUUCGUGGCCGAGUUCCUUCACACGGCUGGCUAUGAAGUGGUCUUCAUCGAUGUGAUGGACAAUAUCAUCUCGGCUCUGCAGGACAACAAGUCGUACCAGGUCACUGAAGUCAGCGAGCAAGGCGAGACCACCAAGACGAUCACCAACUACCGGGCCAUCAACUCCAAGACUCACGAGAACGACGUCAUCCAGGAGAUCUCCUCUGCCGACGUGGUGACCUGUGCCGUUGGUCCCAACGUGCUCAAGUUCAUUGCCCCCGUGAUCGCCAAGGGUAUCGACGCUCGCACCGCAGCCAAGCCGCUGGCAGUCAUUGCAUGCGAGAAUGCCAUCGGGGCCACUGACACUCUGCACGGCUACAUCAAGGAAAAGACUGACUCUGCGCGGCUCAACUCCCUCUCUGAGCGCGCCCAAUUUGCUAACUCGGCCAUCGACCGUAUUGUUCCCGCGCAGGCCCCGGGCAGCGGGCUCAACGUCCGCAUCGAGAAGUUCUACGAGUGGGUGGUUGAGCAGACGCCCUUUGGCAGUGUCGGCCACCCCGAGAUCCCGGCCAUUCACUGGGUCGACAACCUGGAGCCCUACAUUGAGCGCAAGCUGUUCACCGUCAACACCGGACAUGCCACCGCGGCGUACUACGGCUACAAUGCUGGCAAGAAGACCAUUGCCGAGGCACUGAAGGAUUCCCGCAUUCGGGCAGUGGUCCGUGAUGUUCUCCAGGAGACCGCCUCUCUGAUUGUCGACAAGCACGAGAUUCCGGCGCCGGAGCAGCAGGAAUACGUCGAAAGGAUCAUCAGCCGCAUCUCCAAUCCCUACCUGGAAGACAGCGUCGAGCGUGUCGGCCGUGCUCCGCUGCGCAAGCUGUCGCGCAAGGAGCGAUUCAUCGGACCGGCUUCGCAACUGGCGGAGCGCAACGCCAAGUGCGAGGCCUUGCUGGGCUCGGUGGAGAUGGCACUGCGCUUCCAAAACAUCGAGGGCGAUGAAGAGAGUGGGGAGCUGGCCAAGAUUCUCAAGGAGAACUCGCCCAGUGAUGCAACAAUCCAACUGACUGGCCUGGACCGAAACCACCCGCUGUUCCAACCCGUUGUGAAGGUGGUGGACCGGGUCCAGUCCGAGGCCAAGUAG